UGAUGCAACUGAGCGGUUACAAGCGCAACUUGACAGAGGAGCAGACGUAAAGGAGGGAGGCGACGUGAGCAAGAGGAGGGUGUUUGUUUUCUCCACAUCUACUGCGUCCGACCCAGUCACUCAAGCAUUUAACAGAAUGAUGUUGCAGCACUCUGGUCCCUCGCUGGCUGACAUCAGCUGCUCCGCCCUGGUGCCCUGCCUCUCCCCGCCGGGCUCGCUCACCCUGGACGACUUCACCAACUUCACACCGCUCGUGAAAGAGGAGCUGCGACUGGCCAUCCAGACCAAGCGGCUGUCCAACGGGCUCAGCGCCGACAUCAGCUCGGAUGGCGCCAGCUCCAGCUCGGACCGAGCCUCAGAGCAGCCCGCCUAUGGGUCAGGCGUCAAGAGAGAGCUGACACAUGAAGAGCACGAGAGGAGGAAAAGGAGGAGAGAGAGGAACAAAAUUGCUGCUGCCAAGUGUCGCACCAAGAAGAAGGAGAAGACAGAAUCUCUACAGAAGGAGUCAGAAAAACUGGAGAGUGUCAACAGUGAGCUGAAGGCUCAGAUCGAGGAGCUGAAGCAGCAAAAGCAGCAGCUGGUCUACAUGCUCAACCUGCACCGACCCACCUGCAUUGUCCGAGCCCAGAACGGCCAAACGCCAGAGGACGAGAGGAAUCUCUUCAUCCAGCACAUCAAGGAGAGCACCUUACAACUCCACAACCUCACCUCCACCUCCUCGACCAUAUCCACGUCCACAGUAGCACCUCUAGACGGAGGACUUCUGACCCUCGACCAUGUUCAGUGUCCCAGUCACCUAUGAGCAACCUGGUGUUUUUGCCACGUUUUAAGACUUGUGAUGCUUCCACCUGCACAGAGGCAGGUGGAGCUGCCACAUGGACUCAUGACCUGAGAGAGACAGUGAAAUAUAACAACCGCCACCUUCAGAUGACUCUUCAGUCUCAGUCACCAUCUGCAAAGCUGCUAGAGAGAGAGGGAGAGAGAGCGAGAGAGAGAGAGAGAGAGAGGCACAAAGUGACCUCAGCACCUCCACUACCUGAAGCUGCUGACUGGACAGGAAGUGACAGUGGCCAGCAUUUUCAAAUGCACUGUGCAUUUCUUACAUUACAGUCAGAGCCAAGGACAGAUGCUGCAACACAACAAAAACAUCCGUUGCUUUUUUAUUUACAGGUAUUUUGAACAGAUGAGUCUGAUUUUUGUACCAAAGUGUAAUUUCAAGGUGAUCAAGGCACAUCAUUUAACCGUUCACCCACAAAGAAGUGUAGACACAGAAUGAGUGUUUGAGGUGCAAGUCAGUGACUUUAAAAAAAAGACUGUUUUGUGCUUAGUGUAUGAAAAAUAGUAUAUUUAUUAGGUACCUACUGUGUGACAUGCCACUGCCGUAUCGACCCUGUCUGCUUGUCCUCUAUACAACAUGAACUACUAAAUCUGCUGCUACUACUAACCACUCAGGACCUAUGCUGGCUAUAGAAGUCACUGUCUGUUUAUUUUUAUUGCCUCAUUUAAAACGUGUGAGUACAAGUCGGGUUGUUUAGUAGCAGUUACUAAGGGAAAUGUAAUGUGCAGGCAGGGUUUAGAAUUCCACACUUAAAAAAAUUAUUGUAUAAUCAUAUGUAGGUGACGCUUGCUUUUCACAAUAAGUUGAAAUCUACUGGUAGCAAAACUGAACACUGUAUAUAGGCUCACACAGCAUUCCCUCUACUGUUGCUUUUGACAUCGUCUGUGAUGAUGAAGCUACGAGUGUUUUCUACCUAAAGUCUUGUAUAUUGUAUUGACCGACAUGAACUCUGUGCUCAUGUGUAAAAACACCAGAUGCCUCCUUUUGGUCUUGAUAGAGCAAAACAAAGCAUUUAAAAAAAAUGUAUUAACACUUUGGAAGUUAUGUUCACUGGAUAUCAUUAGCUAGGUAUCAGAAGUGUUGCAUCAGCUUUCAGCUCGUCCUCUAAUGCGCCUGACUCGGAAGCUACUCGAGAUGAUAUAUUAUACUGUGUGUUUUCAACUUUCAGGAUCCAGGUUUCAGCUCACUGCCAAAUAUUUCUCCUGCCCUCCACUCCCCCCGUUAGCGUCUGAAUUAAGGGAGAUGUAGCUUAUCUUGCCAACACACGAUGGAGGUGUAUCUCUAUUUUCUCCUAAAGCCUUUGAAUCCAUCUCACAAAGUGUCUGAGUGAAACCCUGUUCUUCCUCAGUCGGUGCGGUUCACCCUAAAGCUAACAUGUAAGAGGGGAAACUAUUAGUCAGAGCACUUCACCAUCUUUGCAUAUUGGCCUCUAAGGAGCACUUCACACCGCACAUAAGAGAAUUGAUGUAAAUGGUUUUUGAACAGCACACAUUCACAGUGAAGGCCGAGGUUUCAGAGAAGGAUUAUUUUGUUUAUCAUGUGUCUUAUGUAUGCAAACAACUGAGUCUCAGUUAAAAGGACGCAGGCGUCUGUGUGUGUGUGUGUGUUUGUACGUAUGUUUUGUGGCUGACGGCUCACUGUUAGACGUGGCUAGAUAUUUACUGAGUAUGACUUGUAUUCUAUUGCGCCUGCUUCUACUGGAGGCUCUUUUCUGUUGCUGCUCGACUGUUAGAUCGUCAUAGUGUACACUGUCAGGUACAACUGCAUUGUUACUACCAUUGUGUACUUUCAAGUUUCUGACCUGUCAGUUUUUGUUUUUGAUACUUUGUUAAUUAAAAAUAUGUUGCAAGUAAUA